CUACCGUAGUUGCGGAAACGCCACGGAAAUGCCAGUUUAGGGUUUACACACCCAUGUGAAGUUCUCCAAGUGCUCUUAUCGUUACUAAUGUUAAUAUAUCCAGAAGCAGGACCGUUUCAAAUAUUCCUGCACACAUAACUUCACUAGAUGCAGCGUGUUUGAGUCGUAAAUUGAGACGAAGAAUGGCAUCCAGCGCAGUUUACACGCACAGAGACCCUAUGCUGAAGAAGAGAGAUGACUUUGAGGACAUUUUGGAGGAGAGGAGGAACUCCAGUGACCUGAGAUACGCCCUCAGAUGUUACACUCCGGUUCUUUACAAAGGAGUGACGCCGUGUAGCUCCAGCGUGCUGAAGAGCAUAGUGCUUCAGUCUGAUCAGCUGCACUAUGUCAUCAGUCAGGUUUCUAAAGAGACGGGGAAGACGACUGAAGACAUUCAGGAGGAGGCGUCGGCCAUCCUGGAGGAGAUGGCUCACUCUCAGCAGCUUAGCACCAUUCGCUUCUUUGCCUUCACACUCAGCAAGAUCUUUAAAACCCUGUUCAGGAGCAUCUGUGUCAACGAGGAGGGCAUCCAGAGGCUCCAACAGGCCAUUCAGGAGCACCCGGUAGUCCUGUUACCCAGUCACCGUAGCUACAUGGACUUCCUGCUGAUGUCAUACAUCCUGUAUACCUACGACCUGGCUCUGCCUGUCAUCGCUGCCGGCAUGGACUUCAUGGCGAUGAAAUUUGUUGGGGAGAUGCUGCGGAUGUCCGGCGCUUUCUUUAUUCGGAGGUCGUUUGGUGGAGACAAACUGUACUGGGCCGUCUUCUCAGAGUACGUCAGGACCAUUUUGAAGAAUGGAUUUGCACCAGUUGAAUUUUUCCUUGAGGGAACCAGAAGCCGGACGGCCAAGUCUUUGACUCCAAAGUUAGGUCUGCUGAACAUUGUCAUGGAUCCGUACCUUAAAGGCGAGGUGUUUGACGUUAACAUGGUCCCAGUCAGCAUCAGCUAUGAGAGGAUCUUAGAGGAGGCGCUUUAUGCCCGAGAGCUGCUGGGUAUUCCCAAACCCAAGGAGUCCACCUCAGGUCUGAUUAAAGCCAGAAAGGUCCUCAGUGAAGACUAUGGCAGCAUCCAUGUGUAUUUUGGUCAACCUCUGUCUGUCAGAAGUUUAGCCCAGGGCAAAGUUAACCGCUGCCAGUUCAACCUGGUACCAAGACACAUUCCCAAGAGACCUGGUGAGGACAUCCACAACUUUGUGAAUGACUCCGCUUACAGGCUGGUGCGGGCCCAGGAGGAGAACAUGGUCCUGAAGCCGUGGGUCCUUCUGGCCUCUCUGCUGCUACAGAACCAGGCGGAGGGGCAGAAACAGGGGAUGAUGCUGGACGAGCUGACUACACAAGCUGCGUGGCUCCGGGAUCUUUCCCGGCAGUACGGAGCGUUCCUCCACUGGCCCGACCACGUUGCUCCAUCAGAGGUAGUUUCCUCCAGUCUUUCCCUGCAUCGAGGCUUAGUGAGGAUCUGUGAGGGAAGAGUCCAGCUCGCUGUGGAACAAGGAGGACCAGCGGGGCCAGGGGGGCCUCACAGCGCCGUCACUCCUGAAGAGGAGCUGUUGAGUCAGGCAGUCAUCAUUCUCUCCUGCGCCUCCUACAGGAACCAAGCGCUGCACGUCUUUCUGCGACCGGCUCUGCUGGCCUCAGCCAUCCACACUGCAUCUUCCAACCAGAAACAGGAGGUCUUCAACAGUUUCAGCUUCCUAAGAAACAUGUUCUCCAAUGAGUUCAUCCUCUGUCCUGGAGCUACAGUGCAGGACUUUGAGGAGGCCUGUUACCUGCUGGUGAAGACUGGAGCUCUGCAGGUCACCCACCAGGAGGUUCUGGUUACAGAAAGAGGGCAGAGAACACUGGCCUUCCUCACCAGCAUGCUGGAUCCCUUCGUACAAGGAUACCAGGUGGUGUGUCGCUUCCUGUGCGAAGAGGCCACUGAGUCUUUGACAGAAAAACAGUUUAUUCCCGCCGUCCGGAAGUUCAUCACCAAACAUCUUUUAGCAGGUAGACUGAGACACACUGAGGUGUUGUCGUCUGACCUCCAGAAGAACUGUCUGGCAGCUUUUCUACGACUCGGAGCUGUGCGGAAAAUCAAAGGAGCGGAGCAGGGGACGUUAAAGGUCAACCGGGUGAUGGUGAACUCAUUGGAAGACACUCUUGGAGGAAAACUCCCCACUCAGAAAGCUGUCAUCGCUCGCCUCUAAUUCACUGACCUCAUUAGCCUGCGAAGGGUCGAGUCUCUCCACCUUCAUCGACGACGUCUCAGCUGUCCUCUGUCCGCCUCGUCUCAGAGGCGCCGCAGCCGAACUGCCUCUAUGAGAGAUGGAACAAAAAAAUCUGGUGACGGCUCAGUUUAUUUUAUUUUCUCUCUUCACCUCUCUUUUUAAUACAUCUUAUUUCUCUCUCUCUCAAUUCUUUCUAUUAAAAACCUUUUAUAAAUGGUCACAGAGCCAGGUGAGUAAGGCGUCAUUCUGGAAAACUGACCUUUAGCGAUGAGCAGCCUCGUGAAAGCUUCUGAAUGUGCCGGCUCCACUCAGGAUAGUGGCCAUUCUCCAUUAAUGCAUUUGAUGUGAAUCCUUUAACAUUCAGCGUGGCGUUUCUUUGUGUUAUUCCCGGUCUGUUUAUUAGCUGUUAGCCUUUUUUUUCUGAGCACUUUACGAAAUUUAUUCAUGCGAUGUGGUGUGGAUCUUAACACUCUUUCAACACUGUUUUCUCCUUUUCGUUCUUUUUUUUUGUGGAACAGAAGUUGCUAAAAUUGGUGAAUACAAAGAUUUGGGGUGUAACGUAUUUUAGCUUUAGGUAAACGAUUAUUUUCUUUUGUACUGUCUAAAUAGCUGAUAUUUUUGAGUUGAAUUGCCACAGACCUAACACCUACUUGAAAAAUACCUUAUGCCAGGUGUCAUUGUUGGAUUUAAACCACCCUCAGGCCUUUUGCCAAACACUCCGAGCUUCAUUUGUCUCUGUUUACAAAGUGGAGAUAAUGCUACAAGCAUAAUGCCAGUUUUUGCCAAACUCCAUGUAAAAUUAAAGUAAGUUAUACUGAAGCACUACCAGCUACACCAAAGGAACAAGUUUGAAUUUUUGUUGGCUGUUUGAGAUAACAUACACACGUUCUCAUGUUCUCAAGUCUAAAAUAGUGAAGUUCAUAGUUACUGAAUUCAAGUCAGAAUGUGUUUAUUUAUUUUCAAAGCGAUACACACUGGAUAUAAUUUUGUUACAUGGGGAAGGAAGGAAGGGCCCAAAAACCCAGAGGGAUAGUAAAAAGAGCUUUAAAAU